AUGGCGAAUCCGCUCGUUCGAGAGCUUGUCAGUCAGGUCAGCGUUCUUCUUCACCAGCUCGUCAAGCAGGGCAGAAGAGGGGGCAACAUCAUGCGAGUUCUGCAUAGCCCCAACAGCAAAAACCAUCCCUCUUUGAAGAUGAUACAUGGCAACUUCUUCUUGUUUAUCCAAGGGAAGGCUCGAGAAGGCACAAAGAUCAGCAGCUCGAUACACAUGGUCAGCCAGCUUAGCACAAGCAGAUGGACUUGA